GUUGAAAAAUACAGACCAGAAACACUUGAUGAUCUUAUAUCACAUAAAGAAAUUAUUUCAACGAUCAGUAAAUUUGUUAGUGAUAACCGUUUGCCCCACUUGCUGUUUUAUGGGCCUCCUGGUACUGGAAAAACGAGUACAAUCUUAGCUAUUGCUAAACAGCUGUACAACCUACAAGAAUUCUCCUCCAUGGUUCUUGAGCUGAAUGCUUCGGAUGAUAGAGGCAUAGGUAUUGUUCGCGGACAAAUUUUGACAUUUGCUAGCACAAGAACAAUCUUCAAAUCUCGGUUCAAAUUAAUAGUGCUAGAUGAGGCUGAUGCUAUGACAAAUGAUGCACAGAAUGCAUUGAGAAGAGUAAUGGAAAAGUUCACAGAAAAUGUACGGUUCUGUAUUAUUUGUAAUUAUUUAUCAAAGAUUAUACCAGCUCUUCAAUCUAGAUGUACUAAAUUUAGAUUUGCACCAUUAAAUGAUGAACAAAUUUUGCCAAGACUUGAUAAUAUCAUAUAUAGUGAAAGAAUCAGUGUUUCCGAAGAAGCUAAGUCUACAUUAAUUGCAUUGGGUAAAGGGGAUAUGAGAAAAAUAUUAAAUAUAUUGCAAAGUACAUCAAUGGCAUUUCAAGAUGUUAACGAAGAUUCUGUGUAUGCCUGCGUAGGCUACCCUCCAAAAAAUGAUAUAAAGCUUGUUGUAAAAUGGUUGUUAAAUGAAUCAUUUACACCUUGCUAUAACAAUAUUAUGCAGCUAAAAAUCACUAGAGGCUUAGCUCUGGAAGAUAUUCUGACUGACAUAAACUUUUUUUUCCAUAAAGUUGAUUUACCGAAUCAUAUUAAAGUUGUUAUUUAUGAGAAGCUGGCUGAAAUCGAAUAUUGUUUGUCGAUUGGAUCACAUGAGAAGCUCCAGUUAGCUGCAAUGAUUUCAAUCUUCCAAAUCAUCAGAAGCAGUUCAAAUUUUGAUUGUUAA